GGCGUCUUUUACUCAUCUCCCUUCCGCACUCACCUCGUUCUGAUCCUCUAACCAUCAUGACAUCCAUGCAGCGCUCUCUCUCCACCCCCGCGCCGCCCGACGCGCCUCCCAUCCCCUUCUCGAGACCCGUGACGCCGUCGCUGCGCGGCAAGCGAUGGGCCUUCCUUGGCCUCGGCGAGAUGGGCAAGCGCAUGGCGACCAAUCUUGCGCGCACGCUCACGACGCACAACUGCCCCCCGCUGAUCGUGUGGAACCGCAACCCGGACCGCGUCGAGGCCUUCAAGUCGUGGGCGAGCGAGCGCGAGGUGCACGACAGCACCUUUGUCGUCAUGAAGGAUCUCAAGGACAUCGUCAAGGAAGCGGACGUUGUCGUCACUAGCCUCAAGGACGACGCGGCCGUCAAGGAGGUGUACGCUGUGCUAUUCGCCGCCGAGUCGCAGCGCGACACGACGUACGUCGACAUGUCCACCACAUACCCCACGCUAGCAGGCGAGCUCGAGCGCCGCGCUUCAUCCAAGACUGGGCGCAGCUUCAUUGCGUGCCCCGUCUUCGGCGUGCCGCGCGCCGCUGAGCGCGCCGACCUUGUCCUCGCCAUCGCCGGCGACUACUACGCCAAGAAGGUCGUGGCGCACACUCUGUGCCCCGGCAUCGGCAAGAAGGUCAUGGACAUGGGCGCCAACGUCGAGCGCGCCCUGUCGUUCAAGCUCGUCGGAAAUGCUCUCGAGCUGGGCUUCGUCGAACUCAUGAGUGAAGCCUUCACUCUCUGCGAGGCGGCUGGCGCAGGCAGCGCCCAGCUCGUCGAGCUCAUUCGUGAGCAGCACGGGAGUGCCAGCCUGUUGCGCUACGCCGAGCGGAUCCGCAACAACAAGUUUGACGCGACCGGCGGCUUCACUGUCGCGGGUGGGCUUGCGGAUGCCAAGCACAUCCGGCAGCUUGCCGAUACUCACAACGUGCCAAUGCCGACGAUUGAUGUGGCGCACCAGCAUCUGACGACGGCGCGGGCUGUCGGCGGCGAGGACUACGACUGGACUGCGCUGGUAGCCGGCGAGCGCAUCGCCAGCGGCCAGCCGCCUUUCGCGGGCAAGACGCGUCUCGAGCGGUACGAGGGCCCGUAGAUGAUGACACAUGGGGGCAGUAGCUCUCUAGCUUUGUAACGGAUGAGAUUCAGCAGUGUGUGAGCCUGUAUGUCUGACAUGGUCGCAACUGCGGGUGCACCUCGCGCGGCGCUUGGAGUCCCAUCGCGAUUCAGCGGGGCUCUGCAGCCUCAUCCGCCCACACCGACACUUCUGCCUUCCUCUCUCGCUGACGCUCUUGGCCAACCUCGCCCGCGCACGACCAGUCCUACUCCUGCGAAAACCCACGGGGCUCCGCCGCUGCCCCAGCCGUAGAGAAGCCUCAUGCAUGCCCGACUAAC